ACAGUUGGGCUUCGCUGCCGCUCUCAAUUUUUGUGAGCGCGGGCGCUCGCACUCACAAAUUUUAGAUGUUGGUGAGGUUUUCUUGACAGACAGGCGCUUUCACGUUCUCGCUCUCGAUACCGCACACGUACUUGCUAGUUGGGUUGCCCAACCGACAAGCCACCUCCAAUUUAUUUAAAGAUUUCAUUCGUGCAUCUCCCUCGCUUCACAUCAUCCAGAUUCUCCCAGAAGAAAACCAAAAAAAAAAAGCAGUAAAAUGGGUUGGGUGUGGUCCGACGAAGCAGACGACGGCCACGGCGGCGCUGUAAAAUCCGACAACAACGCAGACCCUAGAUCCAGCGACCGCUGCUCUACGAGAAAGAUCGUCAAAUCGCAGUGCAGGACCGAAGAAGUCGAGCCAGGGAAGUUCGUCAGGAAGUGCGAGAAGAGCGAGGAGAUCCUCAGGGACUGCCUCGGAAGGCCCUCUGAAGUGGUGCAAUCCAACAAAGAAUUCACCGAAGAAGAUGUAUCAGAGCAGAUGAAGAAAGGAUCCUUCCCUCCGGAGUCAUCUGAUCUUGUGGCGCCAUUCGACUUCCCUGGUCUGCGCAGCGACAUCGAAGCGAUGGAACGUAACCUCUUUGGCGGCCUUGGCCGUUUCUUUGAAGCAGCAGAAGAAAUGAGGAAUGGGUUCUUCGGUGCAUUUGGUUCUCCACAGCCAUAUGAUAGAGAUUCUUUAUCUUCUUCAUCCAGUAGGCGUGGAAUACCUGUUGAAGAGCAUCAGUCCAAAGAAGCUCCUCCUAAACUUAAGAAUCCCGAAUCUGGACAUGUCGAUCUUUCUGCGUUGGCUAGAGAUGUUUGAAGAAAAAGGCAGUUGAGAAUGGUCACUCUACCCUUCUGGUGGUUUGCCGUUGAAUUAACGGUUGACCUUUGUUAUCAUGCUCUUCGAUGUGAAUACCCUUUACAAUAAAAACCAUGUGUCCUAGGAAAAGCUUCUGAAACUUUUGACUAUGUUGCCCCUUAGUAGAUGGUUUUGUGCUGCAGUUUCAGGGCAUAGGUUUUUUUUUCCCUGUUUCUACUAAAACUUUUUUACCCUAUAAAAUGGUUUUGUUUGUUAUUA